CAAAUCGCGAACCCACCUUAUCGUCUUGUUAUACCUUUAGACCUUUUAUUGGCCCCAAAUCGCAAAGGCUCAACUCCGAGGCCUCAAAAUUCCUUUCUUUUAUUCAGAAAAGAUUAUAACAUGAGAAUGCACCUUCGAAAUCAUAAUAAACCAGACAAAUUAAGUACAAAAAUGAUUUCGGAGAAUGCCAAACUGGAAUGGAGUCAACAAUCUCCAGAAGUAAAAAACUUCUUCAAAGUAUUGGCCAAAGAGGCUGAUAGACGGCACAAACAACUAUUUCCCAAUUAUAAAUAUCAGCCCAAAUGUAAACCAAAGGAUAAUGAUAGUAUCGCUCCGGAUACUGACAUUAUUGAACAAUAUUUUGACAUCCAGAG